AUGAGGACCCAUACCCUAGAAGCCCACGUCGCUGGAAGACCAGACUGUCCAUUCUGCGACUGCACCGUACCACAAACCCAACUAAUAGGUCACGUACAACGGGCCCAUCUACAUUAUUUAACGCCAGAAAGGGAACUUAUGGCCUUUAUCGACGACCAGAGUCCUAGCUUCGAUGAAGAUUCAAAAAUGACAACAACCGACAGUUGUAGCUACAAUACGCCAGGCUCCAUUAAUGGUUGGCAUAGUCCCGAUAUGUCAUCAUCAUUCCAUAAUGGCGCCAUAUCAAAAAACAUAAACUAUCAUAAUGGAUAUCAGGAAAAGGAAAGUUACCAAAGGUGUGAAAAGGACGACGAUAGACGCUCGCGCUCGCCUAAAAAUAGUAAUCUGUGUAAUGGACUGAAGAACAUUAAUAUAAGUAAUGGGGUGAUACCGAAAAAAAAACACAGCAGGGAGAAUUCAAGUGACGGAGAAAUUAUGAAUGGUCACGAAAGGAGAGGUUCAAAUUGCAGUCCCAGUCAUAAUAAUGAUAAUUAUGAAGGGUCACCAAAUAAAAAUAAGUUAUCAAUGGCAAGUGCAGGUCAAGGAUCACCACUCAGAUCUCAGCUUGCAUUAAAGCUAAAGGCGAACGCUCCUAAAAAAAUUCCACCCACACCUAGCCCUACCGUUCAGUGUUUGUUAUGCGAUUUCAAGUCAACAUGUCCAAGAAAACUGGAAGAACAUAUAAACAGAGCUCAUUUUGAUCUUACAUCACCUUCUGUGCUCUCAAAUGCAAACGCUAAUGUUAAUAUCACUGAGAACAUUACGCUGGGCUUGGGCAACGCUACUCUGACUUUAGACAACCCCACUUUAGCUCUAAGCGCAAUGGCCAUGUCACCAGGCCCUCAUGCCUCUUCGUUUCAAUGUCCGAUUUGCGAAAAGGAAUUCGCCAGCGGGCCAGAAGUGGAAGUGCAUGUUAAUGUCGAACACCGAGAUAUAUUAAGUCCGCAGAAAUCGGAUCCACUAGAUAAUGCUUCAUGUGAAGAUGUAGUUAUGAUGGAGGAAAGCCCUGUUAGUAAUUGUCCAGUUUGCUGCCAGCCUUUGCCUUUAUCGGAACAUGAAUUGAUACAGCAUAUUGAAGAACAUUUUGAGAAGGGAGAAGAUGGUGCUUCUACAUUAUCAGCUGCUGAAAGAGAAGCUCAAAGGAAUAGAGAGGAGCAUGAGUUUCAACUCUUAAGGGCACAGUAUGGCAUGGAAGAAGAGGACGAUGAAGGGUAUACAAACCGAGCGACAAACAGCUUGAAGCGAGCUGUGUAUAGUGGAGCCUUAUCAGUAGCAGGGUACUAUGAACGCAGUGUUGGCCUACGUCGUGCUUCCGCCACUGGCAGGGAUACUGGCUCAUCUAGGACAAAUGGAAUCCUUGAAAGGAUAGCUCAAUUGAAUGCUCAAAACCCUACCAUCGCUAAAACGUAUCUUUGCAGUGCUGUGGACCACUACGCUAGCACUUAUGGUGACAGGGGUUGGGGUUGUGGUUACAGGAACAUGCAGAUGCUGCUCUCCUCUCUAAUCAAGCACCCGCAGUACGCGCGGCUGCUGGGCGGCGCCGUGGACCGCGACUGCGAGUGCGUGCCUUCGAUCCCCAGGCUCCAGCUGCUGGUGGAGCGCGCCUGGCAGCUAGGCUUCGACACCCAGGGCUCCGAACAGCUCGGCUGCAAGCUCCACAACACCCGCAAGUGGAUAGGUGCCUGCGAGGUGGUCACCGUCCUCUCAUCUCUCAGGAUAAAGUGCCAGCUGAUCGACUUCCACAAGCCGACGUCCCCCGACGGCAGUCACCCCGCCCUCUUCGACUGGGUCCUUCGCUACUUCCAGGAGGACCCCAACGGGUUCAAACCUCCCCUCUACCUCCAGCAUCAGGGUCAUUCUAGAACAAUAAUAGGUUACGAAAAACACAAGGACGGCAAAGCGACCUUACUAGUCUUAGAUCCAUCACACUCUCCAGCUCAAGUGCGCGCGGUGGUGUGCCGUACUGGCUUCGAGUACCGUCGCGCGCAAAGUGCGGUGCGGGAACAGAAAGAGUACAGUCGUUCGGAAAAGCGAUGGCUUCGAGUACCGUCGCGCGCAAAGUGCGGUGCGGGAACAGAAAGAGUACAGUCGUUCGGAAAAGCGGUUAAUUCGCAUGUGGUAGAGGCGCGCGCGGCGGUGUGCCGUACUGGCUUCGAGUACCGUCGCGCGCAAAAGGCGCGCGCGGCGGUGUGCCGUACUGGCUUUCGAGUACCGUCGUGCGCAAAGUGCGGUGCGGGAACAGAAAGAGUACAGUCGUUCGGAAAAGCGGUUACCGGCGCGCGCGGCGGUGUGCCGUACUGGCUUCGAGUACCGUCGCGCGCAAAGUGCGGUGCGGGAACAGAAAGAGUACAGUCGUUCGGAAAAGCGGUUAAUUCGCAUGUGGUAGAGGCGCGCGCGGCGGUGUGCCGUACUGGCUUCGAAGGCGCGCGCGGCGGUGUGCCGUACUGGCUUCGAGUACCGUCGUGCGCAAAGUGCGGUGCGGGAACAGAAAGAGUACAGUCGUUCGGAAAAGCGGUUAAUUCGCAUGUGGUACAGGUGCGCGCGGUGGUGUGCGGCGGGGCGGCGGGCGGCGCGGCGCUGCGGCUGCUCCGGCGCGGCGCGUGCGCCCUCCGCGCGCGACAGUACCAGCUGCUCGCCGUCAGCGGACUCCUCGCCACCGACGCCGAAUACGAGGCGAGCAAAGUUCUACAGUCGGUGCGCAUACCG